AUAGUCUUUGCACUGCUCUCGAUUCAGCGACUCGGCGAACAAUCGGUGUUCCAGGAUGAGUGAUGGAUACUUCAAUCGACCUGCUAGGAUAUUGUACCGUUUUAUCCUGCACAAUGGACGAUAGUGACCGGAAAUUAGUGAUCCCUGGACGCGUGAGUGAUCGGUGCCGGUAGAAACUAUGGAAUUUGGUGUUGUGAAGUGCAUGGAUGAGAAGAUUUGUUGUCGAAAUUAGCGUUCAUAAGAGAAAAAAAAUACAGAAAACAGUGAUAUAUGAUCAGCGGAACAGGCCGUUGCGGCAAAGUUCAGUGGAAUAAAAGCAGCAGCCAUCGCCACCAGCAGCACCGCCGCCAUCGUUGCCGUCGCCUGGAGCAGGAACAGCAGCAGGAACUUCGGAUAUCCUUCGGAUCCAGGGCCUUUGUUAGCUGGUCCAUUUCUGCUUUCGCCAGUUGCCAUCAUCGUAGCCGUUGCGGUCGAAGUCCUUGCAGCUUAUAACGACCGCACCAGCUAGACGAGCGACGACAACGACUUAGUGCGAUCAUCGUUCGUUUUCUUCGUCCUUUGUCACCUCUCACAUCUCUGAUACCGUUUGUGUCCUUUAUUUUCCAUCGUUUACUGUUUUGUGUGGUGAACGUGGCCAAUUUCAACCAACCAGCAGCUUUUCCAGUAUUUCCGUCUUAGUUUUGCUGCCUAAUUUGAUUUGAGUCCGUGGAAGAAACGACUCACCUAUCCAUCGACCACCACCUCCACCCACGAAAAGCUGCAAAAGUGCAAGAAUCCAAGGGCGCGCGAGGUGUCAUUGCGCGGUGUGCUGCCCUAAGAAUAUAUUGUGAGAAGCAAACCGGAGGAUAAGCGAGGAAGAAAAGUUGUAGUAAUCAAAUUAUUCAGUGUUCACGGUGGUGCUGCUGCUGCAGGGGUGUGUAGUGUAAUAGUAAAUUGUGAUAAUACAAAAGCACGGGACAAUCGGGCACCGAACGUGAGUCCGGUGUUGGAGCCCAUCCCCGUUUAGUCGACCAACGGAGCCGCCAGGAGCAGCAAAGAUCCCGCGGCAACGCGAUCGUCAAAGUGUGACCACCCUCACACUCAACUCAACACACGACACCACACCACAACCAUGGAGUGCUGUCUGUCCGAGGAGGCCAAAGAGCAGAAGCGUAUCAAUCAGGAGAUUGAGCGACAGCUGCGACGAGACAAGCGAGAUGCCAGACGAGAGCUGAAGCUAUUACUAUUAGGUACCGGUGAAUCGGGUAAAUCGACAUUCAUCAAACAGAUGCGUAUCAUCCACGGUAGCGGUUACUCGGACGAAGACAAACGUGGCUUUAUCAAACUAGUGUACCAAAAUAUUUUUAUGGCAAUGCAGUCGAUGAUUCGGGCGAUGGACCUGUUAAAAAUUCAGUACAGUGAUCCAGCGAACAUCGAACAUGCGGAGCUGAUACGAAGUGUAGACUUCGAAACGGUGACCACAUUUGAACCGCCAUACGUUCAAGCAAUCAAAGAUCUGUGGGCAGACGCGGGAAUCCAGGAGUGCUACGACAGGAGGAGAGAGUAUCAGCUAACAGAUUCCGCCAAAUAUUACCUAAUGGAAAUUGAUCGCGUGGCGGCGACCGACUAUCUUCCAACGGAGCAAGACAUUCUGAGAGUGCGUGUACCCACGACGGGAAUUAUCGAAUAUCCGUUCGACCUAGAGGAGAUUCGGUUUAGAAUGGUCGACGUCGGAGGACAAAGAUCUGAAAGAAGGAAAUGGAUUCACUGUUUCGAAAAUGUGACAUCAAUAAUCUUCUUAGUGGCUCUGUCCGAGUACGAUCAGAUUCUGUUCGAGUCGGAGAAUGAGAACCGUAUGGAGGAAUCGAAAGCUUUAUUUAAGACUAUCAUCACGUAUCCAUGGUUCCAGCACUCGUCGGUAAUCCUGUUCUUGAACAAAAAGGAUUUGCUAGAGGAAAAAAUUAUGUAUUCACAUUUGGUAGACUACUUCCCAGAGUACGAUGGACCACAAAGAGACGCAAUAGCUGCCAGAGAAUUUAUACUCCGCAUGUUUGUAGACUUGAAUCCAGAUUCGGAAAAGAUAAUUUACUCGCAUUUCACAUGCGCAACAGAUACCGAAAACAUUAGGUUUGUGUUCGCUGCCGUAAAGGAUACGAUACUGCAGUCCAAUCUAAAGGAGUAUAAUUUGGUCUGAACUACAACGUCGUCUUCGUCAUGGUCGUCGUCGUGGCCGUUACCGAAAUGUCGCCUCUACUCUUUUCCUAGUACGAGCUGUCACAGCCGCCAUCGUCAUCGCAGCCAGUACCGUAACAGCAACAGUAGUAGUUAUAGUAGCAGCAUCCGUACCAGUAGUCGUGGUAGGAAUAGUGGCAUUAGCAGUAGCAUUAGAAACAGCAAGCAUCGUCGCUACCAGAACCACCAUCUCCAUGAAGCAUACCGUCGCGGAGUUCGCAGGAACCACUGUGAUGGAAACUUGGUUGCCAAAGUAGCUGUUAUCGUCACCAUCACCAGUUCACCAUUUCCAACGGGAUCAUCACCACGAAAAACGAAUCGUUGCUGCUGCCGGGGAUAACAUGAGGGAUGUGACGAAUACUACUGUUACCGCGCAGGAACGUUUGGGAACCAUCGCGAAACAAUAGAUACGAAACGUGCUCUAAGGGAACCGAAUUUUUUUUCUUCUGUAAGGUGUAGAACCACUGCGGGAAGCCGAAACGAGAUUAAGCCACAACUUGCCAUUAUUUCUCCGCCGUUUGAUGCGAAGAAUGUGAAUUUUAGUUUGCCACAGUAAAUUGCGGUACGGCUUUCCAGGGUGGUUUCAAAUCUUGCUAGAGGGAAAAGAUCGUCGUUAAUCGGCUAAAAACAGUGCACUAUAAGAAUGUUCAGUUCCCAGGUUUACUCGUCGUUUUCAUUCGUUUCAAAAGGUACGGUUGAAGUAAAGCAAAUAAUAUUGAUGACUGGGCGCUGUCACAUGGUUCGUUUCUUUGUGUAAUCAAAAUAGAAAAUGCGCAUUCGAAACGAAACAAACAGGAAAAGAGUAAACUUCUUUAUUUUAUGUGCAUUUCUUAAUUGUUAGGGUUUAAAGAAUAGGAUACCAAUAAACAAAAGAAAAAAAAAACUAACCAACAGGAAAAAAAGGUAGGCGGACGUAUAAACAAGUAUGAAAACAAAAGAAAAUGCAAAACAAAUAAUGAUGUAAACGAAUGCGUUAGGUUUCUAAAAUAUCGUUUCCUGUCCUCCUUUGAUUCGUGGAAAUCAAUCUAUGUUGUGAAUAAUCUCCCUCUCAGUUUACUAUUUUUAGUUUGAUGAGUGUUUGAGUCUGUACAGUUUUCUGUUAUUACAAGCGCGGUCGUCUUAGAUGAUAUUUAUUUAAAUUAAUUUUAAAUUAAAAUAUUUGUUUAUUACAACAAACUUCGUAUGCAUUGUUUUCUUUUUAUAUAAUUUUAUUUGUUUUUUAUUAUGUUCCCGAGUUUUGUUAGUUCUGUUUUAUUUCUCUCAUAGCAACAAAAUAAAUCAAUUGUACACACAACCACAUUCACACAUACGCAUAUAUACACAUACGGCGAUAAUUUAGGCACUUUUUUACAACUACACCCGGCUGCAUGUAAUGCGCUAGAAAUAAAAAAAUCCGCACACCCACUCAUACACGCAUAACUAGGUACACAAAAUUGAACUAAACAAAGAAGGAUGAAUGUUUAUAUAUUUAUACAUAUACAUUUAAAGAAAAUGUGAAAACAUAAAAAGUCAAUCUAUUUAUUCUGCAAUUUUUUAGAGUUAUUUUCUUGCAUACUGACCAUCAUUUUUUAAGUGUAUCUAAGAAGAAGUCAGUUUCGUUCUAAAACUGGACUUUCCGGAGGUCCGAAGACCUAGAAAAUGCGCUCUGAUUGGUGUUCGCUUUCCUCUUCAUACUUUAUUUCCGGCCUGUCGUACAAUUCUUAGUAUUUCUCUACUAGUUUCACCAAGCUUCCCGUACAGGAUCUUCGAUCGUUCAAAAAUUUCAAUUUCAUCACUCUUCCGAGGGAAAACGUUCAUCGAUCAGCGCGACCGGACGUAUUCGAUUUGAUGGUUACGGGCAAAAUGAAGCCUCGUAGAAAGCUCCACCCACCCGGUUCCAAAAUUUAGUUGUAAUUUUUACGUGAAACUACUGUGACUGUGAGAUAUAAAGUUAAUAAUCAUUUAUACACUUAUAGUAAGCGCCUAGCAUUUUCCUUUCAAUCAAUGAUGUCAUUGAUUAUGUGUCAGAGAGUAAUUCAAAACAGGUUCAAACUGUAGAUACUGUAGGUUUUGUAGAAUAGCAAAGACAAAGUUUAGUUUUCAAAUGUAACCAAACCAUCAGUGUAUGCUUGUUUGGCUACGUUAGCUGAAAGUUUGCUAAACUAAAAUCGGUAUGUCGUUCAUUCGUAUUUGAAAUCUACAGAACCUCUAGUUGAAAAACUAACGUACAAUUGUGCAACAAAAUUCUAUAUAUCAAGCCCAAGCACUAACUAGCUUACUACGCGAAACCAUCGUCAAGAAACGAUGUUUUAGCGAAGUGGUUGUCAUUGAUAUAUGAUACUUUUGUUUUGCAUCAUCAGAAUCAUCCAAAUACGCCCACACUCAUGAUAAACUUUUUUGGAUGUACAACUGUAUGUGUGGGAAGUUUUACAAGAAUAGUCGUAUCUGUUCUUUCUUAUUUUUACUUCCCCUUUUUGUUACAUGAGUAUAAUUUAAUACGUGUAAAUUUGUUGUUGUGUAUUUUUAAAGUUAUAUCCUUUUUAAUUAUACAUUUUCCAUAAUUGAACGAGUGGUAACAGUGGUAACAGAAAAAAAAACUCAUUUUAAAACUCGUGUCAUGGAAAAAAAUCAGUCGUAUUUGUUUUGAUCAAUGCUUUGGAGUAUAAAACGAACAAUAGGAAACAAUUGGGGCAAAUACUGAAAACGGAACAACAACUGAUGCGAAACCUACAAUAGUCAGCUCAUUUAAUUUGCUAUAUAAAGAAGAAAAAAAGAAAAAAUAUUUAUAAUUUCGUGCUUUGAUUGAACGAUAACAAAAUAUAAACUGACAUUCAACACAAUUUGAACGUCGUUUUCUGUACGCGAAAUGAUCCAAGUGAAGUGAGGCAAUGCAACGGUGUGGCAACAGAGAAUACAUGUAAAUAUUUCAUAGCGAUCUUGAAAAAAUAUGAAAUACUGAAAAUUUCGAACAAGUUCCAAUCCAAUCGUCGUCGGCGAACCCACCCGUGUUCGCAAACACAGAAUUACGUUCAAUGCUUGCGUGAUUCGGGCUGUUUUUUUUGUUAACACCGCCAAAUUGCGCUUCAUUUCUCUCGCAGCACACAUACACAUUCAUACAUACAUACGCACACGAACUACGGACGAUGGACAGCAGAAAUGCAUUAUGAACUCACGCAUACUAAUUCACACCUUUUAACAUUCAUGUUCACUUAUACGCACACACAUGUACGCAACUUUAAACGUAAGGAAACUAUUCAACAGAAACAACAGCAGUCAUGAACACGGGAAAUGAAUCCACGAAAGUACCGCUGUAAGCAAAUGCGUGCCGUACUUACAUACUGAACCACAGAUCCGAAAUAACAAAGAAAAAAACCCGGAAGACAAAAAGUCCGUACAAUUAUGUAGACAUUUGCUUCUUAAGUGAAAAAGGAACACAUGAAAACAACUAUUUAUAGGAAAGUCAUGGAGCAACGAAACAAGCUAAAACAAGUAAUGCAAAACAAAUACCACAUUCUGCUCGAUUUUGUAUGACACAUAACAAAAAUGAAAGGAGAACCCCCCUCGCGGAAUUAGGAAAGCAUCCCUUUAAUAUUCGCACAUUCUCACAUACCGGCAAACAAACACUCAUACAGCAAAGCUUUAGAUAGUUAGAUAAUGUAAUUUUUAUUGAUCCAAAAACGCAAACGGUUCGUCAGUAAAACCGUGUGAACAAUUUAUAUUUGUUAGGACGGCGAAGCGCAUGUGGUUGGUAUUGCAUUUCACAGAUUAUUACGAACCUGCUUGCAUAUCUUUUAAUAUAUGUGCCUAUAACUUUUGUGGAGUUUUAAUUUUUGCAAAAAAAAAAAUGUCAUUUUUGUUCAAUCCUAAGUAACAUUUCAGGUUUUAUCGUGGUUUUACAAGAGAUUUAAAACCAUAAAUUGGUCUCUAAGACCGUAUUAGAGAACUGAGAAUGUUACUAGGUCGCUUGUAGUGCAGACUUUUUACAUGGAAUCAUGCAACAAAACGAAGUUCCUGAUACGCAUAAAUUUACUUUAAAUGUCAUCUAAAUUUGCGAGAAUCAAGUAAAUUUAUGAGAUAUGUAAAAUGGAAAUAUAGGGUACAUUUCGUAUUCUGUUUAGGUUUUUAUUUUUGCCUUGCUCGGAGAAGAAUCCUGAUGCCUAUCGUCACAGCAUAAUGCCUAGAGCAUAGAAAAUAGUUCAUUUAGCUACAAUACAUCAGGUUCGUAUUAUCAGUGGAACGUAAGUUAGGCGCUUUUGAAUGUUCAAGCAUUACACUCCAUUUCUAUAAUUUAAUAAACUUGUUUUCUUAUCGCAAAUCCAAAAUCGAACAAAACUGAAAACAGUUCGUGCCAAGUUCAAGCAACCAAAACAUAACCAUCACAAACGUCACAAGACGAAUUUCGCACGAUUAUCAUUCCGAGUCCGGUCAUAUUCUUUAAUAAAUCAUCUCGUCCAGCAAGACUUGUUUUUCAUUCGAUUUCUAUUUUAGAUCCAGCAGAUUUGAAUCUGCCGUAUAUUGCCUUCGUCCGUUUACUGAGUCCCUCUUUCCUCUAUGUGUUACUUUACAUUAAUAUUUGAAAAUUUAUCAACAACUAAAAAGAACAAAAAUGCGUAACGAACGUCUUUUACUAUUUUGUGCCAUUUUUCAAUUCGCAAAAUGAAAUCUCCUCUUUAACGCGUUUAUCGAAACGAAGUAGAUUUUGGUUUAGAAUCAAUAAGAUCUAGACGAAAACAUAACACAAAAAGUCAUUUACCCGCAAAGAAAAAUCUCUCCUUGCUAUUACUAUUAACGCAUUACACGAUAAAAUAUUUGAGGAAACAAAAUUAAUAAAGAAAACCCGAAAAAAUCAUGUUUUACACAUACACCGAGGUAUUGCACCGCGGAGCAUGUCAACUGACGUGUUGUGAGCAGUUUUCGAUCGAACACGCAUCAGUGGGACGUAAAAAACACUAAUCAAAAUGAACCUUUGUAAAACCUACAUAUAUCUCGCAACAAAACCAAGCAUGGGACAAAACAUUAGCAACAAUACCGAAUUUUGCUACAAUUUUAAGUGUGAGAUAACUCUUACGCUUUAUAAAAAAACUACCGGAUUUGUAAAACAGCGCGGCCUUUCCAACAUCGAUCCUCUGUUCGGUGAUCAGAUCGCCCAUCUGAUUACGGUGCAUCGGAUUUGUCGGAAAUCUAAGCAGGCUUGACGCGUCUAUUGAACCAAAGCGUCAAGAGGCCAACUACGAUCGUGACAAAAUUUAACAAUUCCAAAGCCGCUAAAGUAUGCAUUAGCAAAAAUCGAAAUUUGACGACAAAAAAAGCAAAGAAGUCUAGUGAUACAACAAUAUUCAUAAAUGCAGCACGCACAUAGUCGCUUACACACGCACAGACCAGGUGAAUUGAUAAAGAUUCUUCUACCAUCCGCGUCCAUGUUUGAUGUUCUUACCAAUUUCGAAAGUUUUGUAUGACUAUGAAGCACAAACUCUUAACACUCUUCCGUUUAUUUUGUGGCUUCGUCAUUUAAAAUCGUUAAUUGUUUUAUCUUUUUCUUCUAUCCCUACGAAGCUUUUGAAGACAUUAAAAUUCACGUUUCUGAUGAGCCAAUGCUGAAAUCGUGAAUUUUAGUAUCAUAUCCUUCUUAACCUGUUGGUCUGAAUCAUUCCUAUAUUCACUAUUAAGGAAGAUCACAAACAUCGCCGUUCACGUUUAAUUCCAAUUCACACAGCAAGAACUUUACAAUAAGUCGGAAUAGAGAAAUAAGUGGAAGUUGUGAUUUUCUCUCGAUAAACGUUUAAUCGCACUACUAACAUCGAAUAAAAUCACCCGAAAGUAAUCAUUGGAAUUUUGCGUGUUUAUGAAGGUGAAAGAAUCUUUUUCUAAUAGCUUUCAACAUUUUAAAAAUACCAAUCAUUCGAUCGAUUUGAAAUGAGAAGCAAUGCAUCUGCCGUAUGUGCGAGUGUACGUGAUCAAAAGAGAACAUUCAUGAAAUGGAACAUAUUUUGCCCAAAAAACAGCAAACUAACUACAACAACACUUAACUAGCAGAAAAAAAAUCAUAAACCAAUAUGACAGAAGGACGUAAUGUGAAGUGAUUUUCUAAUAAAAAAAACUACAUCUUCACA